GUCAUCAGGUUUUGUCUCUUUUUUAAGGCAAUUUGCAGUAAAGUUAUUGAGGUUGAUAAGUUGGAGAAAAUGCAAUCCCAGCUGGUGGAAACUUUGUGCCACCUUGAAAAGUACUUCCCCCCUUCCUUGUUUGAUGUGAUGUUUCAUCUCUCGGUCCAUCUUGUACGAGAAGUAGAGCUUUGUGGACCAAUUUUUUUGAGGUGGAUGUAUCCAUUUGAGAGAUAUAUGAAGACAUUUAAAGGGUAUAUAAGAAAUCGGGCUCGCGCAGAAGGUUGCAUAGCUGAGGCCUAUAUUGCAGAAGAAGCUGUUGAGUGUUUGGUGAACCAUGAGGAGGCUACUGUUGGGAUACCAAAAAAUGGCAGGCAUAGGAAUGAUGUUGUUUGUAGGCCAUUAUCUGGUGCAUCAGUUAUAACUCCGAGCGACAAUGAUUUGCAUUUAGCCCAUUUAUGUGUUUUACAAAAUACGGCUUCGGUUAGGCCAUAUUUUAAUGAACACAUGUGUUUUUUGAUGACCAAAUAUCCGGAAAAUGAAAAUAAUGAAAUGUGGCUAAAGAAUAAGCAAAAUGAGACAUUCCCAGAAUGGUUCAAAGAAAAGAUUGCUUCAAAUUUUCUCGACGAAAUGGAGAUAUCACAAGAAAUCAGAUGGAUCGCAGAUGGGCCCAAUAAGGAUGUCCCUACAUUCAAUGGUUACAAAAUGGAUGGGAUUACCUUUAGCACCAAAGAUCGUGAUGAUACACGUAAUGUUCAGUGCAGUGGCGUGUGUGUUCAAGCCGAUACCAUGGUUGUGCAGGGGAAGGAUCAAAUUGUUGAGCAUGCCUCGCCUACAUUUUAUGGAGUGAUAAUAGGUAUAUGGGAGUUAGACUAUAACAACUUUAGGAUCCCUAUUUUUCGUUGUAAUUGGAUUGAUAUGAAUAGAGGGACUAAGGUAGAUGACUUGGGUUAUACUUUGGUUAAUUUGAAUAGGUUGGGGUUUUUUAAUGAUCCAUUUGUGUUAGCAAAACACGUUAAACAAGUAUGUUACAUAGAUGAUCCUCUUGAUAAAUUAUGGUCCGUGGUGUUGAAAUUACCCGAGAAAAACUAUCAUGAGGACAAUGAUGAAGAAAAUGAGGGAUCCGUGGAAGUAGAACUUGAGAAUGAGUUCUUUAUACCAAAUUUGCCGGAUGUUGAUUUAGACGAGGCAACAACUAGUUAUAUGCGAGACGUAGAUGAACUAAUUCAACUUUUAUGAUGUAAUUUUAUUUGAUUCUUAGUUUGGUGAUGAACUAAACUAA